AUGGUCCACUGUGCAGACAUUGCAGUUCAGUUGGAGAAGAGCCAGGUGGGUUUCAUAGACUACAUAGUCCACCCUCUGUGGGAGACGUGGGGUGACCUGGUCCACCCUGAUGCUCAGGACCUGCUGGACACGUUGGAGGAGAACAGAGACUGGUACCAGUCCACCAUGCCUCAGAGCCCCUCUCCUCCCUACGACAAACACCUGCUCACAGACCGCUUCCAGUUUGAGCUGGCACUGGAAGAUGUGGAGCCCAACCACAACCACAUACAACAACUCAACGGGUCCAACCACAUGGUCAGACAGGAGAACGGAAACCAGGACAAUUCAAAGGAGGACCAUGUUGAAGAGGUGGAGGAGAACCAUGUUGAAGAGGAGAUAGAGGACCAUGUCGAGGAGGAGGAGGAGGAGAACCAUCUUGAAGAGGAGAACCAUGUUGAAGAGGUGGAGGAGAACCAUGUUGAGGAGGAGAAUCAUGUUGAAGAGGUGGAGGGGAACCGUGUUGAAGAGGAGGAGGACCAUGUUGAAGAGGAGGAGGAGGAGAACCAUGUUGAAGUGGAGGAGGAGAACCAUGUUGAGGAGGAGAAUCAUGUUGAAGAGGUGGAGGGGAACCGUGUUGAAGAGGAGGAGGACCAUGUUGAAGAGGAGGAGGAGGACCAUGUUGAAGAGGAGAUAGAGGACCAUGUUGAAGAGGAGGAGGACCAUGUUGAAGAGGAGGAGGAAGAAGACCAUGUUGAAGGGGAGGAGGACGACCAUGUUGAAGAGGAGGAGGAGGACCAUGUUGAAGAGGAGGAGGAGGACCAUGUUGAAGAGGCGGAGGAGAACAAUGUUGAAGAGGAGGAGGACCAUGUUGAAGAGGCGGAGCAGAACCAUGUUGAAGAGGAGGCAGAAGAAGAUAGAGGAGAGGAGGAUGUCAAAGAUAAUGGGGAUGUGGAGAACCAAAAUGGAGAACAAGACUGUGUUGGGGAAGAGCAGAAGGAAGGAGAAGAAGAGGAGGAGGAGGAAGAAGGAGAGGAACAGGAGGAGGAAGAAAGAGAGGAA